AAUACCGAACGGAGGCGGUAAGGGAGAGAGAGAAGGACCGAACUGUAGGGUGUUGUUAAAUUAUCUUGAUUGGAAGAGACGCCAUAUGUUAGAUUAAGUUUAAUAUGGAUACUUCAUUCACAUGCUGUAUAUUUGGAGAAAAGACAAAUUCUCAUUCAACAAAGUUUUCAGAUUAAAGAGAACAAUUUUCAUUCACUCUUAUCAAUACAUUUGUUCUCAUCUCAUACACUUUCAUCCCAUUCUCAACAACAUUGAAACUAAAAUCAUCUCUAUGACACAUAAAACACAAACCAACAAUAUCAACAACUUCAUCCACUUUUGAACAAUUAACAGUGAUUUCUGUAUCUUAACUAGCAUUUUCCUAGUACUCUCCAUUUCUUCAAUGUUGACCAAAGUUUCUUUGUUCCCUUCGCUCUUCACGUAACUACCACUUUCGUCACUUCCAACAUCUGUGCACCAUUUGAAGAAGUUGCAACCAGCGUCUUCAACACCAUUUUGCAAACACAACUGUCAAUUACAAUGUUGUGUUCUCAGAAACACUACCACUAAUUAAUUAGGUUCAAUCUAACAUACCUUAUACUUGGAGCAUCCCCAAAAUUGCUUGCCUCGAUUCUUCAUAGUUUUGGAAGUUCUCAUCACAGAUCUCUGUCCACAAUAGCAAAUCGGUGAAGAAACUAUAGGGUUUUCCUUCCGCCUGCAUGUCGACGAAGAGCAAGAGUACUCCUUCGACAUCCUCUUCCAAGAAGAACGACUAUAACCUUGAUCACCACCAGACCCACCCCCCUCGCAAAUAAUACUGAACCAACACCCUUCAAAGAAGAACGAGUACAAAGACCCUUUUCGCACCCUUUUCAAUUAGGGAUUUUGAGCUUCAGCUGAGGGAUUUAAUGAAAUCCAAACAAACUUUAUGUCUCACGUGCUUCUGAAACUAAAAAAUAAUUUAACUCCACCUAGUAAACUAUUUAUGUGCCACGUGUUUUCAAAUGCCACCAAUUUAGACGCCGUUCACAGAAUUUAACGGCAUAGACUUUAUUGUUUCAAUUUUUCAAAAUUAGGGGCCAAAUUGAGCUAUUUCAAAAUACAGGGACCUACUUGACGCAAAACUGCACAAAUAGGGACCUCCGAAUCAAUUAAACCUUAAAUUAAAAGUCACUUAGUGUAGCAUUAGUGGUAAUAAUUAAAUUAGUUUUUAUAAAUGAACAGUCCUUCACCUAACAGUUUUGGUCCAAUUAAUUUAGACUUGUGAGUAUGGAAUGGAAGGAAUAGCAGUCAUCUAAAAUCCUUCUAUUUCUACUUUCCUGGUCUGAAUCUGCAUACCAAAAAAUGAGAAACUAUCAGCAGUUUGUUUGGCCUCAGAUCUUGUGUUUGAUGUUACUGAGUUUUGAAUAUGAAGUUGAAACAAAGUCCACCAUUGAAGCAUGCAAUUCCUCAGACUCAUGCCCCUCUCUCCUCUCUUAUUUCUUGCCAUGGGACUCCAAAGUAUCAGAAAUCGCGACUCGUUUCCACGUAAACGCCUCUGAUAUCUUGGCGUCGAACUCUCUCUUCCCCAUAACAUCAUCAAGUGCACACCAAAUCCUGAGGGCCAAAACGUUUGUCAAAAUACCCAUCUUCUGCUCUUGUGUGGAUGGCAUCCGAAGGUCCAUGUCAACCAUUUACACUGUUCGUGCAGCAGACACAGCUGCGUCCAUAUCAGAAGGUUAUGGUGGGUUGGUCAGUGGUGAACAAAUCAAGAUUCUGAACAGCAUCAAUGGCAGCAACCCCUUGAGGAAUGGAGGCACCCUUGUUAUUCCACUGCCAUGCACAUGUUUUAACAACGUUAACAAUGGGGGAACCGCUGUUUACAUGUCAUAUGUUGUGCAGAUAAGAGAGAGCCUGAGCAGCAUAGCAGCGAAGUUUGGUACAACUAUUUCGGACUUGAAAGCUGUCAAUGGCUUUUCGGAACCUACAGUAGAUCCUGGAGACAUUAUAUCUCUUCCCAUUGCAGGUUCCUAUCCACUUCUCACAAAACCUCUAAAUUUGACAAUUGUACUGUCUUUUGCAGCAUGUUCAUCAGCAACCUUGAAAUGGUACGAUGAGAGUAUGAUAGUCCCAAAUGGCUCAUAUACAUUAACUGCCAGCAACUGCAUCAAAUGCAGUUGCCAACCAAUGGAUAUUACGAUGCGAUGCGUUCCUUCUGGGCUAGCUGUUCCCUGCUAUAACUUACGUUGCAAACAAUCCAAUCUUAUUAUUGGCAGUGAAUGUGUGGAGCAUUCAGAAACAGCUUGCAAUCUGAUCCAAUGUGUUUACCGUGGCCACAGGGGUGGAAAAAUUCUGAGUAGUAUGAAGAACUCUUCUUACCUCCAGUGCCCUGAUAAUGUCUGUCAUAGACGAGCAUCAUGUUGGUCUUUCUCAUCAUCUGAAGACCCAUUUGCAAAAUUCCGUUUAUUGUUCUUGAAGAACUGCAAGUGGAGCAACUAGUCAGUUGUCAUUAUUACUGUCCCUCGUUAGAAGCUACAUAUAUCACAGGUAACAUUUCUAGAGCUAAGUUUUUGCAAAUUUGAACUUAUUCGAAUUAAUAUCUGGGAGGUAAUUAAGAAGCUCAAAAUUAUUCAGAAAAUUCGUUAUUAAAUGCAUGCAUUUCUGACAGUUUAUUGAAAAACCUUCACAAAUAACCUGGUUUAAUAGAUUCUGAAACAAUGCUCCAUUUCCGAAUUUGGUUAUACAUUCAGUUUUAACCUUCCUUUCCAUAAAAGGUGUAGAUGACAAGAUUAUUAGUAGUAGUAAAAGAAUUUCAAGGCAAAAACGCUGACAUUGAUGAGCAAAACGAUAUCUUCUCAGUUAUGUCUAUUUUUACCAAUUAGCAGCGACAUGUUUUUGCACGAAUACCUUUCCUCCAGUUUCUGCGAACAAUAUCUGAUCGAUCAGUUCCAUUCAUGUUGACGUUGAAUGAAAACAGGUGCCAUAAAAUAACUUUCUAUCAUUGUUCCAUCAAUUAUCAAGAUUUUGAAAAACCGCAAUCACACAUUGAAAUUAACGUUAUACUGAAAUUCCUCGAUAUUUCAGCCUUUUAUCCACACAUGCCACGCGUUAUUAUAAUACUGUACAACAUAAAGUUUGUUUUGUACAUGCUUGUGUCCCCCCACUUUCCCCAGUUAACUUAAUUACAUGAUAGAAUAGAGUGUAUGUGAAUGUUAAUGUCAGAGUGUGCUUAAGAUUGGAAUUCGAACCAUGAUCUGUCUUUUCGUGAAAACUAGUCCAUUCUAUAACACUAAACUUCCAUUGGUUGUAAUUUAUGGCCUCGGUAUGAAGAAAAUUUACUGGCCCCAGAAAAAUAUAUAUAAUUCUAAGGUGAACUGUUCUUUGGACUGAUUCCUAAAAUGUCAACACUCGGCCUUCAAAUAUCUGUUACAUCAAAAUUGGCCUUUCUUGCAGUGAAGUUAAGAAGAUUACUUACUCAAAUGAAACUGCUUGGUAAAAUUGACAAUAUAAUUAAACUAACCAUAGUUUAAAUUUGAACUUGGUAGAUAAGAUAUCAGUUUCUCCACUGGUGGGAUCAGGUUAUACAGUAAUCUCCCUUCCUAUACAUAAGAUUAGUGUUUACAUUUGAAACAGAGAAAAAAAUGAUUAGACAUGACAAAUUAAAAUUAAUGGGUUUGUUGCUGAAAAAAAGGUCUGUCACUGAUGUAAGACAAGUGGGAACAAGCAAGACAGAGUUCCUUGUUACUAAAUUUGACUAUAUGUUUACAAACCAUGCUUUAAUUUAUGGUUUAGAUUUUCUGAAGCAGAAGUAGCAGCUCUAAAACUAAAAGUUAGUACAAAAAUUAGUAACCAGAAUGACAGAUAAAUUAUUCAGACACCACUCAGCUUCUCUAAUGGUUGUAAAUGCACUGUGACUAAGACAAGAAAUGGGUAGAAGGCAACCUCUGGUGAGGAGAAAGCAACAUCGAGGUGGGGACCACAAAUUGAAAAUUUAAUGUUCUACCGGGAAUUAUUGAAUUAUAAAAGCAAGACAACAAAAAGGGUCACGAUCAAAUUUUAAUACAAAACUCACACUAACCCCAGUAGAGUAGUAGACCCAAAACCAAAUGGGUCCAUGAGAAAUCCCAUAAUCAGAAAGGGAACCAAUGGGAAUUCAGAGAACAAGAUGAACAUCAAAUCUCCAGCCAAUAAACACUGGGAUGAGGCCAGAUGGUAGGGCCAAAACCCCCCACUAGUAAAUUACCAAAAGUGCAUGGCCAGAGAGGGAGAGCACCCUAUCGAGUAAGAGAAAGUUUGAUGUAACAUGGUUAACAGAUAAUUUGUCUUUUAAUCAUUUGAUGAGAAGUUUAAU